UCACACUUGAAUGUUCAUCAGAGAAGUCACACAGGUGAGAAACCAUAUGAAUGUAAAGAAUGUGGGAAAGCUUUUAGCCAAAAGUCAUACUUCAGCAUUCAUCAGAGAAUUCACACAGGUGAGAAACCAUAUAAAUGUAAAGACUGUGGAAAAGCUUUUAGCCAAAAGUCAUACUUCAACAUUCAUCAGAGAAGUCACACAGGUGAGAAACCAUAUGAAUGUAAAGACUGUGGAAAAGCUUUUACCCACAAGUCACACUUGAGAAUUCAUCAGGGAAUACACACAGGUGAGAAACCAUAUGAAUGUGAAGAAUGUGGAAAAGCUUUUAGCCGAAAGUCACACUUGAGAAUUCAUCAGGGAAUUCACACAGGUAAGAAACCAUAUGAAUGUAAAGACUGUGGAAAAGCUUUUACCCGCAAGUCACCCCUCAGCAGGCAUCAGAGAAUUCACACAGGUGAGAAACCAUGUGAAUGUAAAGAAUGUGGAAAAGCCUUUAGCCGAAUGUCAUACUUCAGCAUUCAUCAGAGAAGUCUCACAGGUAAGAAACAAUAUGAAUGCAAAGACUGUGAAAAAGCUUUUACCCACAAGUCAUGCUUCAGCAUUCAUCAGAGAAUUCACACAGUUGAGAAACCAUAUGUAUGUAAAGACUGUGGAAAAGCUUUUAACCAAAAGUCAUACUUCAGCAUUCAUCAGAGAAUUCACACAGGUGAGAAACCAUAUGAAUGUAAAGACUGUGGAAAAGCUUUUAGUGAAAAGUCACAACUCUGCAGGCAUGAGAGAAUUCAUACAGGUGAGAAACCAUAUGAAUGUAGAGAAUGUGGAAAAACUUUUAACCGAAAGUUUAACCUCAGGAUUCAUCAGAGAAAUCACACAGGUGAGAAACCGUAUGAAUGUAGAGAAUGUGGAAAAACUUUUAACCAAAAGUCAAACCUCAGCAGGCAUCAGAAGAGUCACACAGGUGAGAAACCAUAUGAUUGUAAAGAAUGUGGAAAAGCUUUUAACCAAAAGUCACACUUCAGCAUUCAUCAGAGAAUUCACACAGGUGAGAAACCAUAUGAAUGUAAAGACU